GUCGGAUUGCCAAAAUGCGAAAAAAAGGGGGCUUUAAUUCCACUGCAAUGUAUCUGUACCUGUAUGUAUAUAAUGAAAAGCAAGUCUUUGGGAGCUUCGACUGGAAUUAAAAUUAAAACUCAAAUGUCAAAUGUCCAUGGAGAUCGUGGCGGCGUCAGCCGCCUCUGACAAUUCCUUCCGCGCGUGGAGAGACGAUCUGCAGAUGGACGGGUUUGAUUUUUGAAUGCCAAAGUUCGCCAUCUUUGUGCCUGUGCCUGUACCUAAACUGCUGCUGGUUUGCUGUUGAGAGAGAGUGAGUGUGAGUAAUAGCGGAUCAAAAAAAUUUCUGGGUUUUUUCUGCUUCGUAGAAAGCAUGUCCUGGUUGCUGUGUCUCGGGUGGUUUUAGAGAGAGAUCAAUAUGGCUUCUUUCUGCAGGAAAACUGGAUAAGUAUUGUUUCUGAGACUUAAAGUUGGUUGUUCUUUAUUUGCCUUUUCUUGCUUUCUCUGAUGCUUGCUUCACUUGGGAAAGAAGGAACUCUUUUUCUUUCUUUCUUUCUGUGUAAGCCAUUUCUUGGAUGCCAAACAACGCUUAUUCUCUACAGGUUUCUGGUUUCUUUGCGUUUGAUCCUCGCUUGCAGAGAAGCGGUGGAGGAGGCUCUAUUGUGAUCUGAUGGCUGUUAAAGCUAAUGCGCUGUGACUGACAGUGAGAGGCCAAGCAAAUUUAAGUUCCCUGUUUGAUCCCUUAACCAAUCAUGGUGGAAGAUGGUGGAAGCGAUGUUUUGGUGGAUUUCCAUUCGGCUGAAGAGUGGUUAUUGCAUGCCCAAGAGCUUGUUCCGCUAGCACUGGAGAAGGCGAGGGAUGUCAAGGGUUUUCCUGGUAGGUGGAAGAUGAUAAUUUCAAAGUUGGAGCAAAUCCCGUCGCGUUUAUCAGAUUUGUCCAGCCAUCCUUGCUUCUCAAAGAACACACUGUGUAAAGAGCAGUUACAAGCGGUUUCAAAGACGGUCGGUGAAGCAAUUGCAUUGGCAGAUCAGUGUCUGAAAGAGAAAUACGAGGGGAAGCUUCAGAUGCAGAGUAAUCUCGAUUCGCUGUCAGGUAAACUGGAUUUGAAUUUGCGAGACUGUGGACUUUUGAUCAAAACCGGGGUGCUAGGCGAGGCUACCUUGCCGCCUUCAUCUGUAGCGAGUUCUUCGGCAGAACCAGAGGCUGCAACUCAGAGCAGCAUCAGGGAAUUGCUUGCACGGCUUCAGAUCGGGCACUUGGAGGCCAAACACAAAGCUCUUGACAAACUUGUUGAAGUCAUGAAAGAGGAUGAAAAGAAUGUUUUGGCUGUUCUGGGACGCAGCAACAUUGCUGCUCUAGUCCAAUUGCUUACUGCAGGUUCUCCCCGGAUCCGGGAAAAGACUGUCAUGAUUAUUUGUUCGCUUGCCGAAUCAGGGAAUUGUGAGAAUUGGCUUAUUCUGGAAGGCGUUCUUCCACCUCUUAUAAGGCUUGUCGAAUCUGGCAGCACAGUGAGUAAAGAGAAAGCCACGAUCUCGCUCCAAAGAUUGUCCAUGUCCACAGAAACUGCUCGUUCGAUUCUUGGGCAUGGCGGGGUUAGACCAUUGAUUGAGAUCUGUCGAACCGGUGAUUCAGUUUCACAGGCUGCUGCCUGCUGUACCCUCAAGAACAUAUCCGCUGUUCCAGAAGUGCGUCAAGAUCUUGCUGAAGAAGGGAUCAUAAGCGUCAUGAUCAAUCUACUCGAUUGUGGAAUACUGUUGGGAUCAAAAGAAUACGCAGCCGAAUGCUUACAAAAUCUCACUUCAAGCAAUGAGGAUUUCCGAAGGUCUGUUGUUUCAGAAGGUGGAAUUCGAAGCCUGCUGGCAUAUCUCGAUGGCCCCUUGCCCCAGGAAUCCGCAGUCGGGGCUUUGAGGAAUCUAGUCGGCUCUCUCUCUGUCGAUGUCUUAGUUUCUCUGGGUCUCCUCCCUCGUCUGGCUCACGUGCUAAGAUCCGGCUCACUGGCCGCGCAGCAGGUAGCCGCAUCUUCCAUUUGCAGGCUGUGCAGCAGCUCAGCAGAGAUGAAGAAAUUGGUGGGCCAAGCCGGCUUCAUUCCUCUGCUGCUCAAGAUGCUGGAGGCCAAAACAAACAGCGCCAGGGAAGUUGCGGCACAAGCAAUCUCAAGUUUGAUUACCCUUUCGCAGAACCGGAGAGAAGUUAAGAGGGAUGAUAAGAGUGUCCCAAAUUUGGUCCAACUGCUGGAGCCCAGCCCUCAGAACACUGCAAAAAAGUAUGCCGUCUCAUCGCUUGUGCUGCUUUCCUCGAGCAAGAAAUGCAAGAAGCUGAUGAUCGCGUAUGGCGCGGUUGGGUAUCUGAAGAAGCUGUCGGAGAUGGAGAUUCCGGGAGCCAAAAAGCUGCUGGAACGGUUGGAAAGAGGGAAGUUGAAAAGCCUGUUCAGCAGGAAAUAAGAAAACAAGUACUGUGAGUUGUUAUAUGUAAGGUUCUUGUUUUGUCCUCGGAUCAUGUAAUAGUUGUUUCGUUGUCUUCUUUAGCAGAUGAACUAGCUAGGAGUCAUCAUGUGCAAACUUCCGCAGAUCUAUGGAAUCAAAUAUUUUGUCGUCUACACCCUCUUUAAGUCUGUAGAACCCUGUCCUCUGCCUCUCCCAUUCUCUCCUUGUCUGAUCAAUCAUGUUUUUUCUCUUCUCCUUCACGUGUUUGUAUAUAUGUGUGUAUAAUCUGAACGCUUGAUUUUGUU